CCAUCGUCUGGAUCGGAGCUCUCUCUCUCUCUCUCUAUGUUCAAUAGUGACCGCCUGCAGCUAAGAAAACAAUUGCCUUGUUAAAAUAUCGCCGAUAAUUAAAUCGCCAAUCGAACCCGAACGUUUAAAAUCCAAACCUUCAUUUCCCGGAUUAGAAAGUUGAAAUUCAAAACAGCCGGAUGAUUGAUUCUUAAAAGUGUUUGGGUGAUCCAUUACGAUUUGUUGAUAUUCAAUCUUUCUCUCGCUGCUUUAAAAAAAGAAUAAGAGAGCAAUCCGUUAAUAAUCAUGGAGGAUUCACUGACGAGUAGCGCCAAUCAAUGGAAUAACACGCCGACAGCGGAUGUGUACAACCAGAGCGUCACAUCCGCUCAUCCGAUACGCUACCCGCGUGAAGCAUCCUACUUUGCGGCCGCUUGCGCCAUCCUCUUCGUUCUCAUCGGCAUUGGUGGUAAUUCGCUGACUGUGGCGGCUUUGGUCCGCAGCCGUAAAUUGCGCUCGCACGCCACGACGGCGUUCGUCCUCAGUCUGGCCGGCUCCGACUUGCUCUUCUGCGCCUUCAACCUGCCGCUGACGGCGUCGCGCUACAUCCACGAGUCGUGGAUCCUCGGCGACACGCUAUGUCGACUCUUUCCAUUCUUCUUCUACGGAAAUGUAGCCGCCUCGCUCUUCAGCAUGGUCCUCAUCACCAUCAACCGGUAUAUAUUGAUUGCUUCGCCUUCGUGGUAUGAUAAGAUCUACCGGCGGCCAUUCAUUGUGCUGAUGAUCCUCAGCUCGUGGCUGUUUAGCUUCUUGAUGAUGACGCCUCCGUUGUUGGGCGUUUGGGGAGACUUGGGCCUCAAUCCGGCCACGUUUUCGUGCACCAUUUUACCAGGAGAAGAUGGCAAAUCGCCGAAGAAGUUCUUCUUCGCCUUCGGCUUUCUCAUACCUUGUUUAACAAUCAUCGUUUCGUACACGUGCAUCUUCAUCAAAGUGAAACAGUCCAGACGUAACGUCAUGGCACACAGCCCGGAAUCGAACGGAAACAGACAGGAAGAAUCCAACGUUCCGGUCAUCAAAUCGGCGAAAAAGAGCAAGAAGAACUCGUCGGAGAAACACCAGCGACGCGAUGACCUGCGACUCACCCGCAUGAUGCUCAUCAUUUUCUGCUGCUUCCUGCUCUGCUUCCUGCCUCUCAUGGUGGUCAACGUUGCCGACGAUGAGAAAAAGACCAAAGUGCCCGUCAUUCACGUUCUGGCUUCCAUCUUGGCCUGGGCUUCCAGCGUUAUCAACCCGUUCAUCUACGCCUUCUCCAAUCGACAAUACCGUUCGGCCUAUCGGCAACUUCUCUGCGGAUCUUCCCGUUCUGCUCGGCUCACUUCGCAGACGCAGACUUCACGCUCGUCCGGCCGCACCUUCCUCACCGAUAUGCUCCACUACACGGCUCACGCCGACAAGGUGAAAGUCAUCCGAGCUUCUAACAUUCACAGCAAUGUUGCCAACAAAGAGGAAGGCGACCAACAGCAGUUACCCAGGGUUUGAAAACGGCCCUUCCCAUUUCGUGCGUGUGAAAACGAGAAGGAAGGAAGAGCGAAGAAUUAAGGACACCCAGUGUACAUACAUAUUUCGUCUGGCGUAAUUCUUUUCUAGUUUAAGAGACAAAAAAAAAAAGGAUUGAUUUUGGUAAUUGUUUUUGUUUUGUUUUGGUUGGGAUAAUUGAAACAUGUCGUUUAAUUGUCGCGUGAAAAUUGACUAUUAAGUACAUCCUACUCUUGUUCUCCUGGCUGAGAGAGAGAGAGAGAGAGAAAUGCCAACGGGAAAUUCAUUUAACAUUUUUAACACAUAAUAUUGAAAAAGAAAAAAUACAAAAUAAAAGAAGCGAAGGAAAGAAAACUUAAAAAAUGAAAAUGACGAAGGCAAGUCCGCGUGUUUCUUUUCUCCUGUAUGUGUUCCUCGUAAACUAUGUUGUAUACACAUGACAUGUAAACUCUA